AAUGUCUUUUUAUGUAUGAAUCUUCAUAUUUACAGGAAACUAAGAAAGGCUGUGAAUGAAAACCAGAACAACUGGGAUAAGUUCCUUGAUGGAGCUUUAUUUUCAAUGAGAAUGGCACCACAGGCUUCAACAAAAUACUCACCUUUUCGCCUUUUAUAUGGUAGAGAGCCAUGUGUACCUUCGGAGCUACCAGAAAUGCCUCUAAAUUUGACUGCCGUCCCACCACUACAUUCAGAAACGCUUUUGAAUGAGUUUGUUGAAGUAACAGAAAUGAAGAGGACAGAUGUUGAAGAAAAGGUAAAGCAGAACAUAAAGACAGCACAAGAAAAACAAAAGAAAGAUUAUAAAAAGAGGAAAAGUGUUGGAUACCAUGAGUUUGGUGUUGGUGACACGGUCAAAUUGUUUAACUCAAAGAAGAAAGCAAAGAAGGGAAUUGUGUUAGAAGAAAAUUAUCUAGGACCUUAUGAAAUUAUUAACAUUACUGGGAAAAAGUGUUCAUUGAAGUGCAAGAAGUCUGGAAAAGUUCUAAAGUCCAAUCAGAAUAUUGACAAUAUAAAACAUUUUAAGAAAGAAAGUGGAAAUAAGUCCAUGAAUGAAUUUUUAGAAUCCUUAUCGAAAAUGGGUAUUUUACAAGAUAUUUUAGAUGGUUGCCAGCAAUUCAAUCUUCCAAAAGUGAAAUCCAUAGCAGACAUUGAGACAGCCAUGAAUGAUCCUGUUUACAGCUUUGUUAGUGAGGUCUCAAAGAGCAAUGAAGGUGUAAUGGAUGUGGCAGCAGCAAUUAUUACUCCAUUUGUGACAUCAACAUCACUGACGCAGAAAACAGACAUCGUCACCAUUGCAUCAUCUGUUUUUACCAAGGCUUAUGUCAGUGACUUAAGUCCUAAAGAUGAAAUGCAUUCCUUGGAAGUAUUACCCCCUUUCUUCAAGAAAACACCGCCAAUGGAAGAUUUAGAGAAGUCAGAAAGAAUUAUUGUUAAUGGGGAAUCAGUUGCAGUUGAAGAUAUUCAGACCCUGAAAGGAAAGGCAUGGCUGAAUGACAGGGUAGUGAAUGCAUACCUAAAAAACCUGGCUAGAUCCAUGAAUGAUACAGACAGACCAAAAGCAUUUGUAAUACCUUCAUACACGGGCACUUUAUGGAGCCAUGAUGUGUAUGAUUCCCAUAUGUUUAGAAAGGUGAAGUUUGGAUUGUUCGAAUACAUCCUAAUGCCAUGGUGCCUAAACAGUCAUUGGGUUUUGUUAGUUGCCAAUGUACAAAAACGAACAGUUGGUGUGGUAGAUUCAAUGCAUGGAGAUAACUCAUUUAUAAUAGCUAGGUUUUGCCAGUACAUGAUGCAAAGAGGUAGUGUGUGUGAGCCUGAGCUGGCAGAUUGCUUGGUUACUGUAGAAAUUCAGACAAACAAGCAACAAGAUGGAUGUAGUUGUGGGGUGUUUGUUCUAAUGAAUGCUGAAUGUAUCCUAAAGGGGAAGAGCUGUUUAUUAAUGCGCCAAGUGCAUGUAGACCCAUUGAGGAAACAUAUUAAAAACCACUUACUCCAUGCAGGUAGAAAGACUAAUGAGAGAGAAUGUGAUGGUUUGACGUGCAAAAAACCGCGAGGACCCUCCAACUGGAUACAGUGUGACAUGUGUCAUAGAUGGUGGCACAGAGUUUGUGGACAAGUUGAAAGAAAACAAAUUAUUGAAGAAUAUCUUUGCCAAAUGUGUGUGGCUCAGUACCAUUAAGGUAUUACGACCCUAAUGGGCACUAUAAGGAACUAAAAAAUUGACAUCAUAGGUCAGAUAUAUACCUGAAUGCACAAUUUAAACAAAGUUUACCGUACGGAAAUCAAGUUAUGGCCACUUUUCUGAACUCAAGCUAGGAUGUUAUGAGGGCCCUUUUUUUAGAAAUGAGGAACCUUUAAAUAAUCUGCAAUAACAUUCUAAUGAAAAAUGUUUUCCUAUUAAUUUUUGGUAAGAAACAAAUAUACCAUUCAGCUAACAAUCCACAUAAAAAAAUUAUGGUUUCUACUUAAAAUUUAUGAAAUCUGUGUAAAAAUGUUACCCUACCCCACCCAUUCUUACCACGUGUCUGACCAUUUUUCUACUUAGGGAGCCUAAUUUAAAAAAUCCUUAAAAUGUACCCAAAUGAGUGCCUGUUUUCAAAGUUUCCCUAAAUUUUUAAAGAAGUAUAUUGGUUGAUCUUGUAAAAUAUGAAAUACUUUUACUGUCUAGUUUUGAUUUUAUUACACUUUGAAAAUAUCAGGUACCAUAUUUAUUACUAGAUUUAGCAUAAUUUAGCCAAUAAAUUCAUAUAUAAAUUAAAAAAAUCAAAAUUAAACAUUUUGUUCUUUCCAAAUGGGACAUGAGAGAUACUCAAAUAAUGUUAAAAGAAAAAAAGAAGGAAAGAAAAGUUGACCCUUCUGGGGAUUGAACCCAUGGCCCUCAUUUUCAAUGUAGUUAAGAGUAGUUCUAGCCUAUUUGAAUACUCUUCAAAGCGGAGGUAAUGCAUUACGAUGGUAAUACCUUAAUUAAUAUGGAAUGACAUCAAUUUCAAAAAAUCAGAUGUUCAUAAAUAUUCCUGCAAAGAAAUAAUAACUUUGGAAAUUGGCAAAAUUAAUGUGAUGGAAAAAUCUCCAUUUAUUGAGGAUGUACCUUAAUUUUAAAACAUAUAAGAUUGUCAAUGUUAAAAGUUGGAAUUUUGCUCGUACUUUCAUUUCAUAACUUUGUCUUUGUUUAUGGAUUACAUUCAUAUUUCGGGACGGGGGGGGGGGGGGGGGGGGGAGGGUAGACACUUGUGUUAAGACCAACCAUGACAAGAAAUAUCAUAUUUUCACAUAAUUUUGAUUUUAAGAAAAAAACAAAUGAUUUUUGACAUAAUUAUUUAUUUCAUUUUUUUUUAAUAUUGAAGAGAAGAUUUUUAUGAUUUUUUUUCUUUUAUUGUGAAUAACACUAUUUGUUUCAAACAUUCAAAUUUUGUACUUUUUAAUCUGAAUUUUAUUUGGAUAAUACAACUAUGAUAAUUAUAGAUAUCAAAAGUGAAAAGAAAAGGUGCAUUAGGACAAGUAAUUAUUAUAAAAGAAUAUUUUAUCAAAUUAUAUUUCCAUUUUUAGCUCGACUAUUCGAUAAGAAUAAGUAGAGCUAUUGUAGUCACCCAAGCGUCGGCAUUGGGUCCGCAUCGGCGUAACAACUAAUGUUAAAGUUUUUGUAACACCUCAAAUAUUUUCAAGGUCCAUUGACAUAUAGCUUUGAAACUUUGCACACUUGUUCACAUUCAUGACCGCAACCUGUAGACAGGAGGAGGUAAAUCUAUCAAGGAUUUUGACAGAAUUAUGCCCCUUUUUGGACUUAGAAUUUUACGUUAAAGUUUUUGUAAUACUUCAAAUAUUUUCAAUUAAAAAGGUCCAUUGACAAUAUUAAAAUAUUUUUAUAGAGUCAAAUACUGAGAAUAGUCGGGCACGCUGUCUACUGACAGCUCUUGUUUAACUCACUUGAGCUUUUUGGAUUGGAGGGCUGUCCCUGCCAUGGUUAUCCACAAUUACAUAUUUUUAAUUGACAUGAACAUUACCAUUGGUCAGAAUUAACCCUGCUUAAGCUAUAAAAAAAUUGUUAUACAUUGUAUAUUAUUAUGCAGUUAGUGUAAAGAAUGACUCUACCCUUUAUAGACCUGGGGUCAAAAUUGGCCCCGCCCGUGGGGGUCAUAGGUUUUCCUUAUAUGUAUAUAAUCAAAACUUUAAAAUUCUUCUUGUCUAAAGUUACAAGGCUUAUAGCUUAGAUAUUUUGUAUGUAAUAUCACCUAAAGGUCCUCUACCAAAGUUGACCAAAUUAUAGCCCUGGGGUCAAAAUAAGCCCCGCCCCUUGGGUCAUAGGUUUUCCCUAUAUGUAUAUAGUAAAAGCUGAGAAAAACUUCACCUCUGAAUUGACAAAGGCUAGAGGUUUAAAUAUUUGGCAUGAGGCAUUUUGUAGUGGAACUAUACCAAGAUUGUUCAAAUAAUAUUCCUAGGGUCAAAAUUGAAUUAAGACCGGGUAACUUCACUUUUGUAUAUCAAUUGCAUUUAGUACUCAGGUGAGGGCAUUGGGGCCAAUGGUCCUCUUGUUUUUAAGAUUUGCAUUUAACCUUUCUUUAAAAAAUAAUAGUUGAAAAUUGUCUCCAAAAAGUGUUGGCCCUUGUUAACUAUUUGUGGGAGGGGAUGGGAUGGGGUGUCAAGUUUUGUCUUUUUUGUUUUAUAUUUAAUUUUAAUUAUGUUAAUUUAUGUUAUUGAUGAUGUGAAUAAAUUAUUUUGACUAACA